CUAAAGAUUGGCAAAUUCCGCAAUUUUUGGUUUUUAUUUAGCUAAAAAUUUGUUGUAGGUAUGUGUCAUUCUUGUGAUAAAAAAUAAAUAAAUAAAUAACCACAAAAAAAGGAGAAGAAAAAAUAAAGUUUUAUUUGAAACAGGAAGAAAAUUAAGAACAUGAAAGCCUAUUACAGAAAUAAUCUUCAAAAGUCACAAAUGACUGCAGUAGCGAAUGAUCAUACACGUUUUUUUUUUGAAAAAUUGAUUGAUCAGGGCUAAAAAUUACUUACUUACUUAUUUUUAAAUGAUAUACUGCAUUGGUGUAGGUACUGUACGUUUCUGAUUUAAUAAUUAUAUUUUUGUAGUUGUUGUGGUUGUUGUUUUUCACACAAAGUAUAUUUUGCAUGAUAUUCAUUGUUGCAUUGCUGACAAAAAAAAAAAAAAAAAAAAAAACUGGAAUAAGAAUAAAAAAAAUUAAAACAUCAAAUGCAGUAGAAGGAUAUUUUUUUUAAAUAUAUUAUACAAUCAAUAUUAUUAUCAUUGAUACAAAUAUUCACACGAAAUGAUCUACUUUUUUGAUUAUUACAUGAUGAAAUGUCAUUUUUACUUCUCGUAUGCAUUUUUUACAGAUUUUUUUCAAUAUAAUACAUAAUUGAUUAAAAAGGUAGGUAAGGACAGAUUUCAGUGACAAAACUCAACUGAAAUUAAUUCUACAUUGAUAAUUUAUUUUACUAUGAAUCUGAACACUCAGACUCUGUUUCACGAUUGAGAUGAUGGUGAUGUUUAUGAAACGUCACAUCUGUCAUCUUGUGAAAAAAAAAGUAAAACCAACAGGACCAUCAUAAUACAUAUAGGUAUUUGAGAUUCGUCAGAGUCCAAAUAUUCAUCCUCUACAUUGAAAAGUUUUCUCAACAUUUUUUUUGGGGUAAUGUGUAUUAUGUCCUGAUCUAGCCCAAAUUUCAAAGUGUCUUAUGUCCUGGUCUAGCCUUAAGUAUUACUACUCAUAUGCCUCUCAAAGAAAAAAAUCAAACCGCAAGGUUUCUACUCAUUUCCCUCAUAACAAAAAAUAUUAUAUCAUCAAAAAUUUCCCCGACAAUUAAAAACACAACAACGGGAAGCCUUCAUUAGAUAAGAUAAACAAAAUCAUAAACGAUAAAAUUCAAUGAUGCAUCAAAUUGCCACCAAACGAACAAUGAUACGACCAACGAACAGUUUGAAAUAUGUAGAUACCCACCUAAGUAAUUCGUAGUUCUGAUUCGAAAUAUGUACAAUUCGCGAAUUCGCGAUGAUUUUUUUGAUAUUUUCACUCUUGAAAGUCGGUGUAUUUUUAUGGUUAUGCAUCAUUAUUGCAUCUUGCUCACUGGUAAAGUCACAGAAUUCAGUAAUAGGAUAUCAGAACGUAACCAUACAAUGCGGUAAAUCAUUGGCGUUUCCGGAAAAUCGCACAGAGCUGGGAAAUGGAGUGAAAUGGUAUCAUUUAUCGAGAGAAAAUUUACAAAACGAGCUUACCAGUGCAGUAAAUCAGUUAUCUACGUUCGAAGUAGAGAAUGUGCUGAACACUUCAUUACUUGAAAUAUUAAGUGUAACGAUUUACGACGCAGGAUGGUAUUCUUGCCUCAAGCAAUCGGAAACAACCAAAGAAGUAAUUCAUAGUAUUUGGUUGGAUGUUCACUGUGAUGGUGAUGAAGAAAUUCAACUUGGGAGAAAAAAAACACAAGAAAUCCAGAAUGGAAAAGGAAGUCCUUUUACCGUCAGAAAAUUAUACUUCAUUGAAAAUAAUGCGACAAUGCUGAGAUUAUGGACUUUUUUCAGAGGUUAUCCGAAACCAUUCACAAAUACUUGGCUGGAGAAUGGUAUAAUAGUAAGUAGCGGGCUCCUCUGGCAGAUAGUUUUAAAUAUCAGUGCGCUCAAAGUACCGAGGGAAUACUUACAUCAAGUUUGUAAUAAAAAUGGCUGCAUGAAAGAAAAAUACACAGUCAAAUUGACAGCACAAGGAAACAUUGAACUUCAAGAAGAAAAAGGCAAAUUUAUAGCUCUGUUUUGCGGUUUUAAUUCCGAGUCACGAUGGAUUUCAGAAUGGUACUUUUAUGACGAUGCUGGAAACCAAACGAAGCUGGAGCAGAAAUUUCAUAACCUCACAGAAACACACACGACUCAUAAAAUAUCUAUGAUAACCGAUGAUAAUGAAGGCGAAUACGUAUGCAAAGCGAAUUCUGUGGACUUGAAAUGGGAAACCAAGCAUGUUUUUCAUCUAAAAGUCGUCCAACGUAUGAAUCCAUAUUUGAGUACUAGCUCAACUAGCAGAAGUCCCAAGACAAACCCAUCCGAAAAUGAUUCUUUGGGUAAUUACGAUAUUAUCAUUUUCGUCACAACAUCUUCACUAAUUUUAUUACUGAUUGGGAUAGUUUCUUACUCAAUCAUCGCAUACUGCAGAUUAAAACGAAAGAGAAAACUUGAGAAAACAGAGAUGCAACAAUUUAUCAAAAAAAUUAUCGUUGAGAAACAAAUCCACAUCAACGGCGAUAUCCCAGAUUGCUUGAACAUACCAAUUGUUUCAAUCCAACGCAUACAAUCCGAUAUCGUCAAAGGUGGUAUGGUCUGUAAUGACGAAUAUGAAAUAUCGAUCGAUGAACGAUGGGAAUUUCCAAGAAAUAAUUUGAGUCUUGGAAACACUUUAGGUGAAGGUGAAUUUGGCAAAGUCGUUCGAGGUGAAGCGUUGAACAUUUCAGGACAGGAAAACGUUACCACAACAGUUGCUGUGAAAAUGGUCAAAGACGAUCACACAGAUAAAGAUAUGAUAGAUCUGGUAUCUGAAUUGGAGCUGAUGAAGUUGAUUGGCCAUCAUCCCAAUAUUUUACAAUUGAUCGGCUGUUGCACUCAAAAAGGUCCUUUGCUCGUGAUAACCGAAUACGCUGCGAAUGGAAACCUCAAAAACUAUCUACGAAGACUUCGUAUUGAAUCGAAAAAUGUGCCAGAAAAUACUCUGAUGAAAUACGCUUUGCAAAUUGCUCAAGGCAUGGAGUACUUCGCUUCCAUUAAAUGUAUCCAUAGAGAUUUAGCAGCUCGAAAUAUCUUGGUAAUGGCCGACUUAACGAUGAAAAUAGCAGAUUUUGGCCUCUCCAGAAAUAUUCGCAAUAAAGACUAUUAUAAAAAAACAUCAGCAGGCAGGCUUCCAAUUAAAUGGAUGGCUCCUGAGGCAAUACGUCGCCAUCAUUAUACGACCCAAUCAGAUGUGUGGUCAUUCGGUGUGUUAAUGUGGGAGAUUGUUACACUAGGAGGUAAUCCAUAUCCCACAUUCGACAAUAUGGUCGAGUUAUUUCACGCCAUCUUGAAAAAUUAUCGUAUGGAGAAGCCUCCGAAUACGUCUUCAAAUAUAUACAAUUUGAUGUCGUCUUGUUGGAAAUACGAACCGGAGCAUCGUCCAAACUUCUCCACUAUUGUAGAAAUAUUAUCAGAAUUGUCAACAAAUACUGACCCAAAGCUGAAGUCAGAAAACAACGAGAAACAGUCUUCAAGCUUUAAAUCAACGCUUCAUGAUUCCAAUAUUGAAUUACAAAUCAGGGAUCAAUCAGAGCACGAUGAAAUAAUUUCUGUUGCUUCAUCAGAACCCUGCAGUGAGAACGAGAAUGAUGACUGAUGACGAACAAGACUACCUAUACUUAAUUUCAUGAUACGAAAUUCUUCUAUAUCAUUAAUAGAUACCUACCUACGUAAUUAGUACGAGUAUGUAUCAUUAACAAUUUACUGAUUAUUUUUUUCUGUUUUUUACUCAUUAAAGACUGGAAAUUGC